UACUGCCAAAAGUGGUCAUGGGGUUAUUUUUAAACAUGGGGGAGGAAGUAUUUAUUGUUCCUGGGCCGAGGUGAACUGGGCAGCCUGUGGGAUUCUUCCAGGGAAGGAGUGCCCUGUCCUUCUCCACCAUGCCACCCAAGAAAGCCAAGAAGAGAGCAGAGGGCGCCAAUUCCAAUGUGUUCUCCAUGUUUGAACAGACCCAGAUCCAGGAGUUUAAGGAGGCCUUCACCAUCAUGGACCAGAACAGGGAUGGCUUCAUUGACAAGAAUGAUCUGAGAGACACCUUUGCUGCUCUUGGCCGUGUGAAUGUGAAAAAUGAGGAAAUUGAUGAAAUGCUCAAGGAAGCUCCAGGUCCAAUUAACUUUACUGUGUUCCUAACCAUGUUUGGAGAGAAACUGAAGGGGGCAGACCCCGAGGAGACCAUUCUCAAUGCGUUCAAAGUGUUUGACCCUGAAGGCAAAGGGGUGCUCAAGGCUGAUUACGUUCGGGAGAUGCUGACCACACAGGCAGAGAGGUUUUCCAAGGAGGAGAUGGACCAGAUGUUCGCCGCCUUCCCUCCUGAUGUGACCGGCAACUUGGACUAUAAGAAUCUGGUGCACAUCAUCACCCAUGGAGAAGAGAAGGAUUAAGGGGGGACGCCCACUGCCGGAACCUGGGCUUGUCUUUGCCCACGUUUCCCAGUAACACAGCUGUCCCUGCCCCUGGCCUGUGAGCUGUGUGGCCGCCUCUUUUAUCCGAGGCCAUCUUCUCUGCAGCCCAACUAGCUUACAGAUACUAUGUGGCCACACAUCCUGCAGAUGGAAAUUCAUCCAGAGGCUAUGUUCAAAUAAACAGGAGGUUGUACAAUUU